UUUGUUGGCGCGAAAGUUUUUAUAUUUUGCUAUUCUGUGAUAAGUGAUGGUAAACUAUUAAAACAUGUGUUGGAUAAGGUUAAUUGCCAUGAGAAAAGUGUUGUGUAGAGUGUAUAUCGAUUGAAUUUAACGAAUGUAUACGUGGGUACAGAUUGCUUAAGUGAAAACUUGUGACCAGUGUAAAGGAACACGGAAAAGUUGAGAAUUUUCUGAAAGAAAUGAAAAAAAUGUUUUGCCUGUUGUGAACGAACAAGGCGAUGUCCCGAAGGAAACAGGCAAAACCCAGAGCGGUAAAACAUGAAGGAGAUGGUACAACAUCACCACUCGACCUUCCACAGGCGAAUAGUGAACAUGAUGAUGAUGAAAGCGACAGUGAUUUCAGCGAUAAAGAUGAAGCAAGUGAGGCAAAACCACAAUCAGAUCCUUCUCAACACGAAGAAAACAGCAGCGAUAGUUUUUACUCCGACAUAUAUUCAUCGCACACAUCAUCCAGCUUUUCACCGUCGCCAUCGACUGAAGGAGCCGAAACACCAAAUUCCUUAAUUCAUGACGCUGAAAAUAAUCGGCUUACAGCGAAUAUUGAAGAAAAUGGUAAUGAACGUGCCAUGAAGAAGUCAAAGUUAAAUGAAAAUUGUCUGAAAAGUGAUAAAACCACUCUGGAUGGGGCACAGCAAAAUGGUGAAGGAACUUAUCACUGUCAAUUUUGUGAGAAAUCAUUUCCAAGAUUGGGAUACCUUAAAAAGCACGAACAAAGUCAUGCAGAACACAUGCCAUUUAAAUGCGAAUAUUGUUCACGUCUGUUCAAACAUAAAAGGUCAAGAGAUCGACAUACGAAAUUGCAUACCGGCGAUAGAAGAUAUCGUUGUCCUCAUUGUGAAGCCGCAUUCUCCAGAAGUGAUCACCUAAAGAUUCAUAUGAAAACGCACGACAAUCAGAAACCAUUUCAAUGUACAAUCUGCAACAGAGGAUAUAACACCGCAGCCGCUCUAACGUCACACAUGCAAAACCAUAAAAAACAGGCCGCAUUAGUUGGAGCGACAGGAAUGAAUUAUAGUCCUAGAUCGACGGGCUCUGGCUCCAGUACAAGCAGUAUUCAUCAGAAACGUAAAUACUCCCCAAUCGAUCCGAAUUCGAACACCGAUUAUAUCAGUGCCAAGCGGUCAGCCAGUGCUAAUUCAACGCUAUAUUGUGUGUAUUGUACGAAGAAUGAUUUUCAAUCGUUGGAUCAAUUGCAUUCGCAUAUUCAAGCGAUGCAUGCAGCGGCACUCAGAGAGAAUCACUCACCAUUCUCUAGUUCGAGCCUACAGUUAUCUUGCGAAUUUUGCACUAUGAAGUUUCCCACUGUUCCUUCUAUGUUUCAUCAUGUUCGCACAACGCAUAUUGAUCGAGUGAACAGUCCCAAUACAUAUAUUGACCAUUUUAACCGCAUGACCGGUUACGGAAAGUUUGUACCUUCAGUAGUGGAGCGUAAAGAUGACGAGAAAAACAAUCAUCACACCAUUAAAACUGAACAGGCUAGUCCCAGAGAUGAAAAAGAAAGGGAAAAAUCAGCCACUCCGAUUGCCGCCGUCGCUGCAAUAAAACAAGAAGAAGAGCAGGACAGUCCAACAGAUUUAAGUAAGAAACCAGCCAAAGAAAAUGAAAUCAAGAGCAGCCCAGAGGCGGGAACGAAAUCUCCACCAGUGGGAAACUUUUUGUGUAACCAAUGUAACGCCGCCUUGCCGGAUUUUGAAUCUUUCCGGAACCAUUUGAAAAAUCAUUUGAAUCAAGGUGUCGGAAGGUUUGUCUGUCAGCAUUGUGGCAUUAAUUUGACCAAUCAAUCCGACUAUGAUCGCCAUAUUUCAUCGCAUUUUUUGAUCACCACAUCUGAGUUCUUCUGCAAUUUUAACUGCAACAAAGCAUUCCAGAAAUCGGAUGAUCUGCACAAACAUUUGUUCGAAAUUCAUGCUCAAAGCUUAUUCAAAUGUGGAAUAUGCUCGGAUCUGUUUGAUACGAAGGUGGCCAUUCAGGUGCAUUUUGCCGUUGCUCAUUCCAAUGAAGUGAAAAUCUAUCGAUGUUCCGCUUGCAUGGAAGUCUUCAAGACUGAACCGGAGUUUAAGCAUCAUGUUAAGACCAGACACGUUGUAUCUGGUGCCGUGCAAUGCGUAUUCUGUCGAACAGUUUGCGCUUCAGAACUAGAGAUGCAUUUCCAUUUAGCUGCCCAUGCUAGACAAUUCCGAUGUCCUGCUUGUCCUGAAUCCUUUCACGUUGAAUUUUUGCUCGAUCGUCACAUGCAAACUCAUCAUUCGCAAAAGGAUCAAAGUUUUCACUAUAAAGUUGGUGGCAGUGUGGCCACGGCGAACAACAAUAACAACAUUCUGGACUAUCACUAUGCUAAUGUUGCGAACAAGAAUCAUUACGGAUUCAAUGCCAAGUUCUACAACAGUCUUCACGUAGACACUCCAAACAACAAACCACCAAGUUCAAUGUAUGGUUUCUACGAUUCGGCUGGCAAAUCACGAUAUGAGAAUGGUGGAGUUCCAGCAAAAAACCUUCUCGGCAUUUAUAACGCUGAGCUAGCUUCUAAAAUGUAUCUGCCUGAAAGCGUUCCUGAACGCGAUGUUUAUCAACCGACAACUGGGAAAUCGGCAUAUUUUCCGAGAAUUUCUUCUAACAAGGCUCCCGAUGUCAUGAAAUUGCAAAAUUAUCCACCGAACCCAGAAUUGGAUGGAAAAUCACGGGCAACAACCGAAAGCCAGUUGGGAUGUGGGAUCUGUGAAAAGUCCGAUUUCAAUACGGAAGCCGAAUUUCAUACACACCGAAAAGUUGCUCAUAAUUUGAAAACAGGAGUCAGUCUACGCUGUGCAUAUUGCAACGGCAACUUCAGAUCCAGACAUGAACUCGAAAAUCAUAUGAAGGUUACUCAUAACACAACGGGAAAGCAUAAGUGUUUGAUCUGUGACGAAAUAUUUCCAUCACCUGCCGUACUAGCUGAACACAAACUGACCCAUUCGAAAGUUGGUCCAUCUGGAACAUGUUCUCGAUGUCUGACCGCUUUGCCAGAUGUAACUGCCUUUAAAUCACACAUGAGCGAACACGGACCCACAGAUAUCCCAGUCCAAUGUAUAUGUUGUCGCCAAACAUUAAACUCUGAAUUCGAGAUUGGACUGCACGCCAAAUUCCACACAAAAUCAUCGGACAACCAGGAAAAUACGUGUGCUCUCUGUUUAGAUCAACUACCAUCCAAUACCGAUGCCAAAGUGUGUGAAAAGUGUUUUAAGCGACACAAUUUUAGCAGUAAAUUUCAAAAUUACCAAAAACUGCCUGACCAGCACCAUUCCCGUGACAUCGAGUAUCGAUGUAAUAUCUGCAAGACAUACGUCAUAUCCGCUGUGAAGCUACAAGAGCAUUUAAUCGAGCAUUCAUUCAAAGGAUGCGAAGAGCGCGGCUAUUCGUGCUACAUUUGUUCGUCCGUUUUCACCGUUCCAUCCGGCCUCCAACUGCAUAUGGCUGAGCAUGGUAAUGGAGCCAAACCGUACGAUUGCAAUUUGUGUACGGAGAAAUUCUUUUUCCGGGCCGAAUUGGAAAAUCACAUGUUUGAGCAUGACAACGGCCGCAUCAAGGUCAAUGCGGAGGAAUUGAGUAAAGAAUUGAAAUCGGAAGAGACCGACGAACGUAUGAUGGUAAUGAAAUCGGAAGCAAAUGAUGAGGAAGAGGAGUACAUUGAAGUUGAAAAGGUGCUGGAAACAUCGAUGAAUUCGUCAAGUCCAUCAGCGCCGACAAAUGGUGUUGAGGAUAAAUGUGACCAAAACUAAAUAGAAAUAGAAGGAAAGCGAACCCAUUUAACCACACCCCCAUGCAAUCAAACAAUUUUUUUGGAAUAUUUAGAAUAGAGAAAAAUGUAAAUCAGUAAAAAUCAUCUUAAUCCUUAUAAAAGAAACGUUGGAAUUUUGUAUUGAUGUACGCGUAUCGUUCGCUCUAGCCUAACUAUCAAUUUUAUUAAAAUGCGGAGGACGAAUGUUUUCGAUUUCUUAUUUUUUACUAAUUUAUUUCUAGCGUAGCUAAUUGUUCUCGUUUUAGUUUCCCCUUAGCAUUAUUGAUUAAAAAAUUUGUUAUAUUGUCGUGUUAGUUUCAUUCCUGUUUGAGUAUUAGUCAGAACGUCGUUCCUUGACCAGAACGUUCAUUUGUAACAAUAUUGUGAAGCUGCAGCACACAAUGUGAAGAAAAUACAACAUUUUAUUAUUCGAAUGUGAUAAGUAGAUAAGUAAUUUAUUAAUUUUUCAAUUGUUUUCCUUUCGUUUUUUUUUUUGUUUAAAUGUUAUUUGUGUUAAAUUGAGACUAAAUUGCUUUGAAUUUACCAUACAUUUCUAUCAUUGGGUUUUCCAGUCUGACGGUGGGACAACUCCUUUAUCUUAUUAUUUUUAGUUGGUAUAUUGGUUAAAUAUAAAGUAGCAAUUGUAUUGUACAUUCUUAAUUAUUAAGAUUACUAAUCUAAUAAAUUAUUACACCACA